AAAGGCCUCUGGGAUAUGUAGUUGUCCGAAGAUCACCUUUACGGCUGAAAUGGGAAGCAUUUCAACCGAUUUCCCAUCAAAACAGCCAUCUACACCCAUUCUUUGAAGGGUCUUCAGAACACUCACUAUUCCGACAUGAGUGGGGCAUCGUUGGCGAUAGAGAUGAUUCUCUGCUUCGUUUUGACUCUUUGUCUAUUGCAUUAUUUUGGCAACUGGCGUAAACAGCAUAUCUUAGUCACUAUCGCUGUCUUCGUGGCUUGGUAUUUCUCUUUUGUUAUUGUAGAAGUGCUUCCGCUAGACGUUUCCGAUACAUUCUAUAGGAAAUGCUUACUUGAAAACAAGCCAAUACAAAAUACAACAAGACUUUUCCAGUUGGUAACAUUAAGUAAUUCAAGUACAACUUCGCCACCAAAUGGAACUGGACACCCAACACCUGCAUCAACAACACCAGGUCAGGAUGUUCCUGUGUGCCUGCCGCCAUGGAGUUACCUCCCAAAGCAAGCUCUACCUGAUCUAUGGAGAGUGGUUUAUUGGUCGUCACAGAUAUUGUCUUGGUUGAUUCUCCCAAUAAUGCAGUCAUACUCAUACGCUGGAGACUUCACUGUAAGGGGAAAAAUUAAGACAGCUCUGUAUGAGAAUGCUUUGUGGUAUGGCAGCUAUGUCAUCAUUUUUGUGGUCCUCCUCAUUUACGUUAUUGUGCGCCCAGACCUAGAACUUAAUGGUUCGCAGCUUGCAAUUAUUGGUAUAACAGCCUCAAACACCUGGGGUCUACUAUUAUUGGUCUUACUUAUGGGUUAUGGCCUGGUUGAGAUUCCUCGAAAUGUCUGGAAUGCAGCAAGUCUAGAUUACCAGCUGGCCCAUACAUACUUCAAGGUGUCCAAACUGAGUGUAGAGCGAGAGGAGGCAGAGGAACAACUAGCAGAUGUUCUCGAGGAAGUGCGACAAGCAUCAGAAAAUAUCCGUUAUAAUGAUCCUCUAAGGGAAUGUAUUGAUACUAUCAUAAAGAAGUGUCCAGAGAUGUCCGAGUCCAUGUUUAGUAGAGGCACAGAUGAUUAUGUAGACUACAAUGACUACUUGAAAGAGACUGGGAACAAGAUAAAAGAGCCAUUCUCUGAGAAAAAUUUGAUAAAAUUGCAUCAACGUGUCAUCGUCAUUGUGCAAACAGCCAGACGUACACAGUGCCAGUACAAUGGGCAGCUGGAUAAAGCAUUUGGUCUGGAAGACAUUGUGCGCAAUGCUGGAAAUGUGGACAGGUGUUUUAAGUCAUCAUUCAAGAAACCAACUGGUUGUUGCAAGAGUAUAAGUCCAAUUCUAGAAUGGUACUGGAAGAUCUGGCUUUGUCCAAUAUUUCUGCGCCUCUUGGCCGCAAUCUUAGUUCUCCUUUCCUUAGCACUUGUUUGGUCAGAGGUGACCUUCUUCACAACAAAGCCUAUCCUCUCCCUGUUUGCCAUCUUGGUGAAUGCUGCUGGGAAAAACUACUAUUAUUUCUAUGUGGAGCUGAUAUGUUUCUUCGUCAUUGCCUACAUGUGUGUAUGCUCCUACUACACAGUGUUUAAGAUGCGACUGUUCAACUAUUACUACUUUGCACCUAAUCACCAGACUGACCCAUACAGUCUACUCUUCAGUGGUCUGCUACUUUGCCGGCUGACGUAUGCCCUGUCACUCAACUUUCUGGCAAUGAUUCACCUUGAUGGUCACGUAACAGGCGCGGUUGAAAGGGUGGAGACAUCAUUUACAAAAUUCAUGGGACACAUGGAUGUACUGUCAUUCGUGUCCAAGGGGUUCAACUUAUAUUACCCAAUGUGUGUGCUGCUUGUGUGUCUAGCCACAUACUUCAGCCUUGGUACCCGCUGCCUGAACUUCCUUGGCUUCCAGACAUUCAUCAUUGAAGAUGACAUGUCAAUAGAAUAUGUGAAUGAAGGAAAGGAUCUCGUCAGACGAGAGAGAAGAAAGAGAGAAAAUCUUACAGGGGAUGGGAGAAAGGAAACCUGGUCAGAACGAGCUGAAGCUGCCAAGAGUCGUCUCUCAGACAGAAGAAAAGACAGAAGCUCCUCCAGUCUUAGCCGGGACCAUGCCACUUCGCAGACCAACCUGACUGGCAGUGACGUCAAAGUAGUGAAGUACUCACGAUUUGAUAAUGAGGAUGACAGAGUAGAACUCUUAUCGGAAACUGACUACGAUGCUGAAACAAGUAGAUAUAAUCGUGCUGUAGGUGGUUUUGGGAGAUCACCAACAACUAAACCGCCCAAAAAUUUAUUUGAUGACAUUUGAGCAAAAUACACCAAUAUAAUCUAUGCCUUCCCCAUAUUAGAAAUGAUUGCAUAAAGCAGUUUUCUUCUGGGCAAAGUAAGUAGAGGGAAGCUCCCUCUACUAUGUUCUGGAUGAUAGGAUUUCUCUAAGUCCAACUAUUUAUUAUUGUUCUAUACACUAACGUGCAAAAGUCUCACACAACUACCCAAAGUGUUUUUUUGUGAAGUGCAUUGUAAAAAUGGUGUUGAUUUAUUGCAUAACUUAGGGAAAAGAUAAAGGGAGAUUUAAGGGAUAUUCUAGGAGGUUCUAAUGUGAUUGUUGCUUUGUGAUACAAACUCAUAGAAAUUACUGUUGAAUACAAAUCAUUUUGAAAUGCAAUAAUUUUGAAGUUAUAUAAAUAAGAGGUUUAGGGGAUUUUUAUGUAGGACAUCUUUUGACUUGCUGGAUCCUUGUUUUUCACUAUACCCAUCAGGAAACAUACAAGAAAAUUAACAAAUAAACAGGAGAUUUUGGGUUGAAAAAAAGUUCUGAAAAACAAAUUUAAUUCACUUAAAUUCACUAUCAUGAGGCCUUAUGUAGUACUUUUUUUAUCUUAUACAGUUUCAGGGCCAUCGCUUAAAAAAUUUUGCUUGGGCAGGUGCCAUGUCCUUUGUGAAAUUUUGCUAGUUCCAGCCCUGGGGCCAGCCGCCUAGAUAAGCUAGUGGUAUCCAAGUAGUGUAAUUUGGUUUCAUAAAGCCUGAAUUAAAGUUAUCUAGCAGAUAACUUAUCCAGGCUCUGUUCAACUGGCCCCUGAUUUUGUAGUGACCCGAAAAUGCUAUUAGUUCCAUGUUGUAUUAGAUGGUAUACCUUUAUUCUGUAUGUAGUAUUUGUAAUAUUUAUAUUACUAUUGUUAAACAAUGUGUAAAUACAGAAAAUAGCUUAAAGAUUAUUGGAAAUACUGGCGGUAAGGCUUAAUCAUUGUUUCAUCUAAGACUUUGUUGAUGAAUUAAAAUAAUGCUGUCUUGUUA